AUGGUGCUCGCGGCCCCGCUGCUGCUGGGCUUCCUGCUCCUCGCCCUGGAGCUGCGGCCCCGGGGGGAGGCGGCCGAGGGCCCCGCGGCGGCGGCGGCGGCGGCGGCGGCGGCGGCAGCGGCGGCGGCCGGGGCCGGGGUCGGGGUCGGGGCCGGGGCCGGGGCCGGGGCCGCCGGGGCCGGGGGGCAGCGCGCGAGCCGGCCCGCCCCGUCGGCGGCGCCCGAGCCGGACGGCUGUCCGGUGUGCGUGUGGCGGCAGCACAGCCGCGAGCUGCGGCUGGAGAGCAUCAAGUCGCAGAUCCUGAGCAAACUGCGGCUCAAGGAGGCGCCCAACAUCAGCCGCGAGGUGGUGAAGCAGCUGCUGCCCAAGGCGCCGCCGCUGCAGCAGAUCCUGGACCUGCACGACUUCCAGGGCGACGCGCUGCAGCCCGAGGACUUCCUGGAGGAGGACGAGUACCACGCCACCACCGAGACGGUCAUCAGCAUGGCCCAGGAGACGGACCCUGCAGUGCAGACAGAUGGCAGCCCUCUCUGUUGCCAUUUCCACUUCAGCCCCAAGGUGAUGUUCACAAAGGUACUGAAGGCCCAGCUGUGGGUGUACCUUCGGCCAGUGCCCCGCCCAGCCACAGUCUACCUGCAGAUUUUGCGACUGAAACCCCUAACUGGGGAAGGGACCACAGGGGGAGGGGGAGGAGGCCGGCGUCACAUCCGUAUCCGUUCACUCAAGAUUGAGCUACAUUCACGCUCCGGCCAUUGGCAGAGCAUCGACUUCAAGCAAGUGCUACACAGCUGGUUCCGCCAGCCACAGAGCAACUGGGGCAUCGAGAUCAACGCCUUUGAUCCCAGUGGCACAGACCUGGCUGUCACCUCCUUGGGGCCAGGAGCUGAGGGGCUGCAUCCUUUCAUGGAGCUUCGAGUCCUAGAGAACACAAAACGGUCCCGGCGGAACCUGGGCCUGGAUUGUGACGAGCACUCAAGCGAGUCCCGAUGCUGCCGAUACCCUCUCACAGUGGACUUUGAGGCUUUUGGCUGGGACUGGAUCAUCGCACCUAAGCGCUACAAAGCCAACUACUGCUCCGGCCAGUGCGAGUACAUGUUCAUGCAAAAGUAUCCACACACCCACUUGGUGCAACAAGCCAAUCCAAGAGGCUCUGCUGGGCCCUGCUGCACCCCAACCAAGAUGUCCCCAAUCAACAUGCUCUACUUCAAUGACAAGCAGCAGAUUAUCUACGGCAAGAUCCCUGGCAUGGUGGUGGAUCGCUGUGGCUGCUCCUAAGGUGGGGGACAGUGGAUGGCCUUCCCUACCAGACCCUUCCCCAACACUCCCAGCCCUGGCCCUAAUUCCCCCAAGCCCUACAGCUCCCUCCGCCUCUUCCCAUGAACACCACACCUUGUUCCCUGACCAUGCAGUGUGCAAUACAACAGAGGGAGGCAAGUGGGGAUUGAGGGCUGAGGGGUUGGGGGUAAAGGGAGAGGAGGGGCAUGGUCAGGGUAGGCAGUGUCCAAGAUGAGAAGGUUUGGCAAGAAGAUAGAGAUGCAGAGACAGGUAGAGAUGGAGGAAUAGAGACAGGAGCAAACUGAGCAGCAUGGAGAAGGCUAAAGGACAGAGAAGCAGAUGAGACAAGAGACUAGGCAGAGACAAAUGCUGAGAAAGAGAUGGAAAUGGAGUAAUAAAUGAAAGCCCCACACCAAGCCUCCUUUUUUCUACUGGUAAGGUAAGAGGCUUGGUCUAGUUUGGGGAGUUCCCCUGACUACUCAGUAGGAAGAAAUAAAAAAAUCCAUUCUUAGGUUAUUCCCUCUCCCUCCAAAAGUUGCCAGGGGAAGGGAAACAAAGACAGGGGCAAAAGUAAGGAUUUGGGAAUUUUAUUUAUUUAUUUAUUGUGACUUUUUUUUUUUUUUGGUAUUUGGCUUUACUGGAAUAGGGGGGCCCCUGCCCACUAUGCCCCAUUUGUUCCUUAUUCCUCAAACCCUGUUCUUCCCCAAUACCCACUUAAGCACUUGUAUAAAGCCUCCAGGGUUGGGGAUGGGAUUGAAGGGCAAGAGGGCUAACACAUUAAGUUUAUACCCCAUAAUCACCCUAACUAACCUUUUUGAGCCAAAUGGGGUUGAGCUGAGUGUUCAUGGAAACAGGUUAGGGUUUAAGAGCUGGGAAGGGGUGGGAGGGGAGAGGGAGCCCUCAACAUCCAGGAUCUAUGUAUGAGAGCCACUAAACUAACCCUCAGGCCCACCUUCAUGGUAUUAUUUUGCCAGGGGGUACAACCUGCUUAUGCCCAAAUUCCCCUCAGCCAAGAGAGACCAAAGAGCCUGUGGAAUGCCCUUGCUCCCAGCCUCUAUCUUCAGGUCAAGGGAAAAAAAAGGUACAGAUCCCAGAAUCCUCGAGGUCUGGGAAGGGUUAGAAAGGGUCUAGGAAGUAGUGAAGAGGCUGAAGGUCACAGGGCAUUUGAAUCCAAAUCACUGCUCUGGGCUAGGGAAUAAAGCCAGCAGACCAAGGUGGAAGGGAUUCUGGAGGUGGGGGCAUUUUAGUCCCCCAACCCCAAAGCUCAGGGUAGAAGGAGGGAGAAUAAGGGAGUAGAGUGUCUAUAAUUUUUAUCUUUUAUUUUUGGAAAAUAGUAUCUGGCAGCAGGGAGGGGAUAGUACAGCGGGGUAAGGCACAUGACAAGGCCAGUUACAGCAGAGUAUGAGAAGGAUAGAGACCCUCUGGAUUUGAAAGGCUACAGAGCAGGCAGACUUUGCCACUUCAAGCCACUAGUUAAGCCCCCCUUCGUUCCUUUCACAAUCUGGACCCACCCUCCUCUGGACUCACUGUGCCUCAGUUUCUUCCCCUCGAUGGAAUGAAAAAUAGCAGCACCCACCACAGCCAAGAGAUGAAUUCUGAGCACUUACCACGGGCACUUUAUGGACAUAAAAUACCUCUCGCUGUGGGACUAGAUAACCAGGGCACCAGAGUGGUGGUGAAGAGAUGUGAGGCUUAGCAGAGUCACAGGCUUUGGAGUACAAGUUCCCCUCUGCCUCCUAGCUGGACAGUGCCUGAAGCCACGGAGUUGAGAAUCUAUACCCUAUCCAUUACUCACCAGCUACCUCCUGGCUCCAGCAAGAGCCUAGAGGGAGGAAGAGAGGAAAAGAGGGUAUGACAAAAUAAAUCCCUCCAAAUAGUCAGCAGUUACAAUCUGGCAGAAACAAUGAUGAAGUAAAGCACAAGCUGGCAAGCAGGCCUAGAAGGCUUGUUCUUCCGGAGAGCAUGUCUCUCCUGCUUAGACCAGACCACGGAAAGGGCAAAGGUAUGUGAUGAACCUUGGGAAGGUGCUGUUGCGAAGUCUUAGCAUCUUUCUCUGAUUUUCAUAGUGAGAAAAUGGGGUAAGGUGCUUUAUUAAAGGAAUAAGUGACUUCAACUCACUUUCCAUAUGGCAACCAUGUUAACCCCAAGCCUCUCCUCUGGCUCUGUUCUUCCUCCUGCCCCAGGCUUGGAAAACAAGAUACCCUUGACUGUCAACACUAUUUACAUUUCCUUGGUGGAAGGAUAGGAACAGAAAAGUGAAGAUGCUUUCCCCAGGCCCAAAUGUCUCUUGAUACUGGAUGGGGUGGGUGUUAGGCAGUGGGCACCAGCCAACUUCCCUCAAUAGUCUAGAGUUAGGGCAUUAAACUUGGAGGACACUUAAAACAUCGUCCCUUUGUUACCACCAUAAAGAACUUUGCAAGGAGGGAGGACUCUCAUAUGAAGUCUCCCUCAUUCUUACCCAUCCCCAAAGAGGCAUGGG